CCGUUGUGCGGGGUGUGGCGCCCUCUGAGAAAGAGAGAGAGUGAGUGUGUGUGUGCGUGUGUGCGAGAGAGAGAGAUGAUGAAGGUGAGGAGCCUGAGAAGGGCCCUCGUCCCUCCCUCCCUCCUUCCGAACCCUUCUCCUGCCAGCCUCCAAUCCACCCGCCUCUCCCUCCAUGUGAAUGAAGAGGGUUCGUCGUCUUCGGUGUUCGUCGCCUCUGGAUGCCAUGCCUACAAAGUGGAGGUCGCCAUGGAGGAUUGUCCGGUGGAAGAGGGAAAGGACAGUCUCCUGAUACCUAUUCCAGCGAAGAUAAUGAAUUCUUCAAGGGUCAGGCGUUGCCCGCAUCGUUCCGAGGUUCAGAGUCUGGCUCUGGCAGAUGCUUGUGAUAUGGGCUUAGUGUUAGGUACAGUUGAUUCUUAUGGUCAUGCCAUUGUGUCUGUACUGGAUACUGGAAGCCAAGACAUUGAAAGGCUCACGUAUUCCGCUCUGCCUCUGGAUUGUGGUGUGGGUGAGGGUAGCUGGGCUGGUCUUUGCUUCAGUCCAAAUCAAUGGUCCACGGUGGCAGUUGCUCGUAGUUUUUGCAAAAGCAUAGAUAUCUACGACCAAGAGAUUCAUCUUCGGAGUUUACACACCUUGUGGAAUCCUGCUUCUAUAUGCUUUGUGCAAACGGUAAUUGGAGAUGGUGGCUCUUCUAUAAUAGCCAUUGCUGAAGGCUGCCAGCUCUCCAUUUGGGAUCUCAGAGUAAAGCAAAAUGGUGGUUGCAUACAGCGCAUUACUGGGACCCUGGGAAGCCCUUUUCAUGCUGUUUGCAGUUCUGCAGAUGGUUCGGUUGCAGUUGGUGGGGCCGAUCGUUCUGUGACCAUCUUUGACUGUCGCAGAUGGUCAGCUUUUUCAAGGUGGGUGAAUUGUUCAAAGUAUGAGAUAACAGGUCUUGCAUUCUCCUCUCUGGAUGCUGAUCAUAUUUACAUUCAAAGUGUUGACUAUGAGGUUUCUUGUGGGAAUUGGAAAAAGAAUAAUAAGGUAUUUUCUUUUAGAGGAGACUCAAAUUGGCUAGGGUUUAGCAAGCAUUCAACGACUGACACUAUAGCUGGUUGGUGUGAUUCUGGAAAUAUAUUUGUUGCUGAUGUUGGAGUUCAACAAUAAGUACAAUUUAAUAGAGGGUACCACAAGCAAACAUAGCACCUUGUAGAUUUUGAAAAUCACGAAAGGUUUAUGUUUGUUCAAGGUGGGGACUGACAUGUGCAUGCACACACAAUAGUGCCUGAGCAGUAGUUGAUCCAGCUUAAUGAUAUGAAGAGGAGCUUCAGGUAGAGUCGUGCUGGCCUAGUUCUUGCCAAUUUGUGGAAGAUGACAUACAUAAAGAUGAUAGACUUUGUUGUGCCACCCUCACCUGCGUUGAAGUUCCUCCUCCUGGAUGCAGGAGCUAAAUGUGCCUUCUCUGGGCUCACAUUUUCACUCGCCACAUGGCUCAAAGGCCUUCCUGCUGCUUUGGGACGUCUACAGUCUCCGCUGAGCUAUCUUUGCAUGAUCAGGCACACAGAAUAGAUGGUUAUCCUCACCUCAUGUUUGCCAUGGAAUGCUUACUCCAUUUUCUUAUUCUAUGAUUAAUGAAAUCAGGGUUGGGUUAUGAUAGCAUAAGACAGGCUCAUGUUAAUUACAUAAGUGUUAGUAUUUGGAGAAACAAUUGCUUGGUUCUUUCAUUUCGAUUCAAUAUCUAAGUGUCGUUAAAGGGUCACAUUUCAGUUGCCAUAAAUCCUUGGACAAUUUAGUCAAUUAUGGAACUGCCUUUUCCCUACAUUUGUACCUCACUAGUUGGGUCUCUUAAGGCUACAGAGAGAGAUUUGAGUGGGCAAGUGGCUCUAACCUUCUAGAAAGUACUUGUAAUGACUAAUGGGCCAUGUUAGCCUCAUUAUCCUAAAAAAGGUCUUACUUUUUGGCCGAUA